GUUACCAUAUUGGGCUUGCGAUCCAUAAAAGCAAUAAAUGGAGAGGAGAGAGAAUGAGCGCAGGCGGGGCCUUUCUGAUUCGAACUCACCACCGCUCUCCUCGCCGUUGCUCCACCGCUCCUCCACCAUUCCCGCCGCGUUCAAGCCGCAAUACUUCAUCUCCGCCGCCUUGAUUCCUUCUUCUCCUCCCUAUCCGCAAUCCUGUUCCUCCGUAACUAUAGCUCCCACCCACUGGUUUCGAAUCGGAAGCUGCUUCUCUUCGGUUACUCAGUGCGGUGCAGUUACAAUGGCGGCCUCCGGAGAAGACCUCGACCUCGACCUCAAUCUGACGCUCUCUCGAGUUCACCUGGAUCCUUCAGCUCCUCGCAUCGUCUCUCCGCCGUGUAGGCCACACAGCUUAGCUCCCGCCCCUCAUCCCACCUCCCUCUCCGAUUCCCGAACGGAUUCUCCGACUGUACCGUCCUUUCAGCCGCAUUCAGCUUCUCUCGGAGUUUUUGUUCCGAGAAAAAAUGUGACUGGUAGCUCUGAAGCUGAGAAUGUUAACAAUAUGAUGUUACAAGUUCAAACUGCGGAGACCACCAACACGUCUCUGCUCCAACAAACUGUUAGUGCUUCAGAAUGGCGUAGAGCAAGGUCUGUAAAGCGUCCCAAGUUUGGAACUAAAGGAAUAAACUCAGAUCCUUACGAUAGCCCUAAUGUAGCUGGAACCUGCCGUUAUGACAAUUCCUUGGGCUUGUUGGCCAAAAAAUUUAUUCAUUUGAUCCAGGGAGCUGAAGAUGGCACACUUGAUCUGAACCGCUGUGCUGAUAUUUUGGAGGUUCAAAAGAGGAGAAUUUAUGAUAUUACAAAUGUGCUUGAAGGAGUGGGACUAAUAGAGAAGACUCAAAAGAAUCACAUGCGCUGGAAAGGAUUUGAGACAAGUGAAUCAAGAGAGUUGCAUGAAAAAAUCUUUAAUUUAAAGGUUGAAGUUGAACAUUUGUGUACUGAAGACCAACGGCUGGAUCAUUGCAUAAGGGAAAAGCUAGAGCAAUUAAGGGUCCUUGAAUCUGAUCUUAAUUGCCAAAAGAAUCUCUUUUUGACACAGGAUGAUAUCAUGAAUCUACCAUGCUUCAGGGUUGGUACAUCUCCCCAUGUAAAUAUGUAUGUAAUCAGUAGAUGACUUGGUUUCUAGUUCUGAUGCAUAUAAAUAUGAUAUACCCAGCAGGAUCAAACUAUUAUUGCGGUAAAAGCCCCACAUGCAAGUUCAGUUAAAGUUCCUGAUCCUUGUGAGGAUGGCGUUGUUUUCCCUGAGAAGCAUUACAGGCUUAUUGUUCGAAGCACAACCGGACCGAUAGACUUGUACCUUUUGAGCAAAAAAGACGGGCAACAUGAAGAUGUGACUGUGAAACAUGCAGUAUCCUCAGGUGGGGAUAAUUGUAGCAGACAAAACAUUGACACCAGAUCAUCUUUGGUUUCUUCAGAUACUUCAACCUUAAAUACCACGAACCCGUGCCAGAUUCACAAAAUAGUUCCAUCUCGUGCCAGUUUUGAUGACGACUACUGGUUGCACUCGGAUCAGGAAGUGAGUGCGACGGGUCUAUGGGGCAGUGAAGAAUCUUGAGGUUUGUUUGGAUAAAGAUCAUAAGAGUAACAAGAGGGAGUGAGUGUAUCAGACCUGUACAUACUCUAUUUUAAUAUACCUUUCUUUUUCCU